AUGAAGUCCUUCGUUGCUGCUGGCCUCGUGGCCGCUGUUGCUGCCUACCCUCAGGCCUCUUCCGAUGGUGGGUGUGCGUCCUCCGCUGACGGCACCUUUGCCAUCACCACCGUCAAUGCCACCCAAUCUGCCACUAGGCGCAGCAUCGAGAGGCGUCAGCUUGAUGGCACACUCAAGCUGUCCCUUGAGGACGGAAAGUUGACCGACCAGGCCGGCCGCACCGGUUACAUCGCCGCCAACUACCAGUUCCAGUUCGAUGCUCCUGUCCAAGAGGGUGCCCGCGAGACUUCAGGCUUCGGUCUCUGCAGCAACGGAUCCAUGUCCCUGAUGGGCUCCACUGUCUUCUACCAGUGCUUGUCUGGCGACUUCUACAACCUGUACAGCCAGUCCACUGGUGCCCAGUGCAUUCCCAUCCAUAUCCAGGCUACCAUGUCUGCAGACACUAGCGGAGUCUCUCAGAUCUCUGACGGCCAGCCCCAGGCUACUUCCGCCGCUGUUACCCAAAUCUCUGACGGUCAACCCCAAGCCUCAACCCCCGGUCCCGUCGUGACCCAGAUCUCUGACGGUCAGCCUCAGGCCUCUAAGCCUGUGGUCACCCAGAUUUCCGAUGGCCAGCCCCAGGCUUCCGCCCCGGUUGUCACCCAGAUUUCUGACGGCCAGCCUCAGGCUUCCGCUCCUGUCGUCACUCAAAUCUCUGACGGUCAGCCCCAGGCUUCUGCUCCUCUCGUUACUCAGAUCUCGGACGGCCAGCCCCAAGCAUCUGCUCCCGCGAGCAACGUCAGCGGCAACGCUACCAGCCCCCCCUUCUCCGAGUACACCGGUGCUGCCGCCACUGGCGCUGCCAGUGUUGGUGCUCUCGCUGCCGGUUUCUUCGCCCUUUUCUCCCUCUUGUAA